GGAUGACAAUAAGUCUUGAUGCAGGUGCUCGAACUUUGCCGUCAUCAGAGAGGCUAUGCCUCGUGACGAUCUGCCGGUACCGCGGCCUUAAUCGCCAGCUCCGCGCGGCCAUUUGGCACUCAAGGACUUGUGGCAUUCCCAGUUGGGCUUGAUGCUCAAAGCAUGGCUUUCGAAUGUGCUCUCGAUGGGUUGUCUAGUAUGAGCCUGGCCAUCUUCCCUCAUCAGACAUUCGCUAUGAUCUGGCACUCCCACGGGCAAUCUCUCAUCUCCAAUCGUCACGAACGCACGACUACCACCCAACUGCCUUCGCAGUCGGGAACAUCUCAAGGCCAAUGCUGUCACUGUCUUCUUGGCACAAUGUUUGGUGUCGUUCCCAUUCAUUUGCUCCAUUCUCCGCGCCGAGAAACUGCUGCUCCCGGGACCCAAGCUUUCACCCUCUCUGCAGCAUCCAGGGAACUAGCCGCCGGCCGCUGCAACCAGGCCGUCUUGGGCCAUUCUAAGCGCUUGCAAUCUCGCUUGGACCACGCAACGAUCACCUUUUUUCUAUCUUCUUGUCGCCUGGCGCGCCAGACAUGUUUUCGAAUGGGAGGGGGCACACGAGGUUCAUACCGCGCCAUCCUCACCGCGGGUUUGACCUUUCGCCUUCCCUUGCGCGAGAGCAUCUACAUACAUACGAAUUGUAAACCAGACCUCAGCUACGCACUUAUUUAUGCCUUCAGCGCUGGGUAGGACUAUGUCCUAUGUCCGCAGCCGGCGCGCUCACCAGGGGACUGCAGAAAUCCUACAUCAUGCAAUUCAUGCUUUAUGCUUCCAGUUCCACCUUCCAGGUUCAGCAACUGACGGCGCCCUUCAGCGCCAUGCA